UGCCGAGGUACCAAGUCAAGGUGUAUGGCGUUCGCGGUCAGCAUCUGCAUAGUUCGGUAACAAAAGAACCUGAAAGCUGUGGCGCACCAACAAAGAAAAACACCAUCACGUAGUUACCUUACCUUGUUCCGUAAAAGCAAGAACAAAAUACCAUGUUUCUGAAGAUACCAGGUUUCGAGCUCCAUAAUAAGUAGAAAUGGGAAAAAGACAAUCUCUGCGUAACAAAGCCACCCAAUUUGUCUCUGUCCUUCUCAACCCCAUCUCUGAUUCCGACACUCAAAAUCCCAAAUCUCAACCGACACCAACACCAACACCGACACCGACACUAACUCCUUCAGGAGAAGUAGGUGAAUCAGGGACAAGUGAUGAAGAGGGUAACAAAAACCAUGGUUUAGUGGAUGAAGGACCUGACACAUCAUCCUUCACUGCGUUCCUCUAUUCCUUAUUGUCUUCCUCCGACACCGGAGAUAACGCAAAUUCGCACGUGCAGAGUGAUGAUAAAGCUGCAAACUCGAGCAUGAAGGAAAAUGGUGGGAGGAAAAGUUUGUUUUCAAGGAGCAAGCAAUCACUGGGUAGAGCCAUUCGCCAAGCUGCGAGAAUGGGUGGAUUUCGCCACCAAGAUCGAAAGGAUAAUGUUGAUGAUGAUGGGAAUGGUUCUAGGGUUUCUGGAGUUGAGAUGAGGCGUGUUGAGCCUCUGACUGUGCCUUUGGUUGAUCUCCCUGAAAUCUCUGAACCUUCAAUUCUGCUUUCGGACAGUAUAAGGAAUGUUCUCUAUGUUUCUCUUCCACCUCUAAUUCACGGAAGGAAAUGGCUGUUGCUAUACAGCACUUGGAGGCACGGUAUAUCACUCUCCACUCUUUACCGGAGAAGCAUGCUUUGGCCUGGAUUGAGUUUGCUGGUUGUUGGAGAUAAAAAAGGAGCAGUAUUUGCCAGCUUGGUUGAAGCACCCCUUAAAUCUUCCAGCAAGAAAAAAUACCAGGGAACAAACAAUACUUUUGUUUUCACAAAUAUCUCUGGUCUUCCUGUUAUAUAUCGUCCAACAGGGGUAAACCGCUAUUUCACACUUUGCAACACUGACUACUUAGCAAUUGGCGGAGGAGGUCAUUUUGCGCUUUAUUUGGAUGGUGAUCUAUUAAAUGGUUCAAGUUCAGUCUCAGAAACUUAUGGGAAUCCUUGCCUUGCAAAUUCUCAAGACUUUGAAGUGAAGGAAGUAGAGUUAUGGGGCUUUGUAUAUGCUUCAAAAUACGAGGAAGUACUUGCAAUGAGCAGAACAGAAGCAUCUGGGAUCUGCCGAUGGUAAAUGUAUCAGAAUAUUUGCCUGAAGUGGACCAAAUGACUUGCAGGUGGCACAUUUCAUUGAAUGGUCACUCUCCCUCUGGCCUCUAGUGAAGUGAGCAAACCAAAGUUAAUAUAAAAUAUAAUGGAGACAUUUUAUGUAUCCAAUUAUGCUAUGACCAAGCAACUAACGUGUGUAAAUAUCUACCAAGCCUGUAUAUAUGGAAUCCCUGCACAUUAAUUUUUUUUUUUUUUUUGCCAAUUUUGUCGAGAAUAAAAGGGAGGAGAAAAUUUAUAUAUAUUUUUGUAUUCUUAAAGCAGAUGAUAAAAAAAAUGAGAAUUAAGAGCAUCUCUAACGUGAGGUUCUUA